AUGUCCUAUAACAAGAACUACGAACCGGUGAGAUCGGACCCACCAUACUCUGAUUAUGAACUCAUUGAUGUUGAUCCACAUUUUAAGAGAGUCAUUUCAUACUUUAGACCAUCUGAUUAUGGAUGUUGGGCCGCUACCAUGGCAGGGUUCCCAUUGGCAUUACAUCUUUGGGAAAGAUUAGAGCCAACUGCCGGAGCAUUCAAGGCCCCAAGUAAGGUUCCAGGUGGAGCUUUAAGAGCAGCAUCAUUAUUGGGAUUCUGCGGUGGUUUUUUCUUGGCCUAUGUUAGAUCUUCCAGAAGAUUUUUGGGAUGGUCUGAAAACGCCAGAGAAGUUAAGAAGGACAGAUACGAGAUUAAGAAGUUGUUAUCGGAAGAAAAAUUACCAUACCACGAAAAUGAAUCCGUUUUGGACGACAGAAUGAAGGAUAUUGCCAAUAGAAACUCACAGUUUUCCUUCACCGUCAUGGCCAUUAUACCAUGGUUCAACUUGGCACACCACCCAUAUCACGGCGUGUCGAUUCAAAAAUACUAUGAAAAUAGACCUGGUGAAGAAGAAUGGGGUUUCAAUAACUUGAAGCCUUUCGAAGACAUCAAGGCCAAAUACACCAAAUACAUCGAGUAA